AUGAAUCCAACUGUUGAAGCCUCAAUGAGCUCCGAAUUGUCGACAGACGUUAUUGCUGAUAUUAUAUCCUAUGAUUACCAAGGGAAUUUAACCCACAACAGAAAUACGGUAGACGAAUUAUUUGCUAUUGGUAGAGUUUCCAAGCAAGUUUUCAAUGAGUUUGUUAACAAGUUUUUGGCCACCAACAAAUUCAACUACCGUGAUGUAAAGAUUGAGUAUGACGAUGAGAUACAGGUUAUUACCUACUCUUUUCCAUCGUUCUUUCAUUUGAUAUCUACCCCAAUCUUGUUCACUUUGUUUUAUAAGCAUCCUCAUAAUGAAUCAGAAGAAGGCCACAAGAAAAACUUGAAGAUUAGUAAGAAAAUUAGCUCUAGAUUCAAGAAGCGGAACCAUGAUGCUAUCCAUGAAGAAGAGGAAGAAGAUAGAGGAGAAGAGGAAGACGAAGAAGGUAAUGAGAGCAAGGAUGAUGAUGAAAAAAUAAUAGUUGACAAAACAAAUAAUUUGAUUGUCACUUACUACCAGGUUAAUAACUUUUUGCCUAUUCUCUUGAAAAGUAAGAAUAAAGUGGCCUCAUUAAAUAAAGAUCUUUUGAUUGUUCCCGACGGUGUCAUCCUUAACCCUGAUUCCUUGACUGAACCUAUUUUUUCAAUUGAGAUUACCAAUAUGGAAAACUUGGAGAAGAUGCGGCACAAAAUACUCCACUCUUACAGCAGAUUUAAACGCCCAAAUAGUUACCGUACCAUUUUGUUGUUGAUCUUCAGUUACAACCUUGAUAUUACUGUUGAGGUUUGGAAAAAAGUUCCAAUUCCUCAGAACUAUGAAACCGAAUCUGUGGCGAAAUUGGUUAAAGGUGCUGUUAAUAUUCCAAAAAUUUUAAAUAAAAAGCAAGAAUACCAAAAGAUUUCUGACGCCAUCAGGGAGGCAAAAUAUUUAAAUUUGAACCCACAGAAGCAUAAAUUUACGUAUUACUUGCAAAACAAGGCGUACCCAAUCAGUUAUGAUUCAUGCAACUAUCAAACCAAGAUUGACGAAGAAAACGGUAUACCUUUACACUAUUUUGAUAUCCAUUUCCCUAUUAGCGAUCCAAAGGAAGAAGAGAAAUACAAGAGCUCAAUGAUUUCCUUGCAUUAUGACGAAAUAAGAAACUUGAUUGGCGAGCUAAUCAGAAACAAGGUUAAUAUGUUGAAGGGUGAUGUGGAUAAUUUGUCAAUUGUUGAAAACAUUCGAAACAGGGCCAAAAAGAAUUAUUUCGACCUUUGUGACUUGGAUUUCCCAACUGCUUGA